AUGGAUGGUGAUGAGGAAUCAGGCAAGCCCCUUUCAUUUGCUCCUGCCCCUGUCUGCAAUUCAGUAGUUGUCACAGUAGGCGACAAGAACACUCUGGUCUCCACUGCUCAAAGCCAAUUGGACAAGCCAAAGGAUGCCACUGACGUUUGCAAGGAUACAUCAGUUAUUUUAGUGUCUACUGCCCAGAGCAAAUCAAACAUUGCAGUUGCUCCUCGCCCGCAUAGGUCAGCUGCUGUGAAGUCCUACACACAUGACCACAGCGAUGGCGCAGAGAGUUCACCCUCUGACAGUGACUGGGCUGCAGAUGAAGAAAAUGACAAUCCCCCUCCAUCUCCACUCCGAUUGACCUGCAAAGGAAAAGGAAAAGGCAAAGCCAAGGCAUUUGAUGAGGGUGACAACAAUGAGCAGGACUAUAAUGAGGAACAGGAGGUCAACGAGGAUAAGAGUGAUGAAGGCCCUGCCAAGAAGGGAAGGCUGCCAUUGGAAGCAGUCUCCAAGGCACAGGAACUUGGGCGAACCACUGUCGAAGCAGUGAAAGCAUUAGGGAUAGAAUAUGGCAAAAGUGCGAGGAAUCAGCACCAAACGUGGUUCAAGACUUUUAGCCCCCCCUCUCAAGAACAGGAUAUCAAAGCUUGGAAGGAGGAGCAAGCAGCACACUACAAGGCCCAUCUGUACAAAGACCCCAAACAUGCAGCAUUGUGGCAGAAGAUUCAGGAGUAUUGGGAUGGUUCACUUGCUGGUGCAACUGAGGACUUGAUGUCACGAUCUGCUAGUUCUCUGAUGCUGCAUGCUGGUUACUGGUACCGCACCCAUGGUAUUCAUAUUUCUGGUGUUGCAAUAUUUCCUGGUCAUGAGGAUGCUGGCCACCAAGCAUCAGGGUUUUUCUCUGGGUCUGAUAUCAUGAAGGACAUCAUCAAUGCACAACAACUUGACAUCAGUUGUAUCUUGGAUGAGCUCACAACCAUACUCAAGUACAAAGACUUAGAGGCUGCGCAAGCAGAAGGGAUAUCUUUUAGUUUUCUCCCUUGCUCUACUGCUGUCCCAAAUGGCAUGCUUUUGUGCAAUGGCAAGUCCGCUAGGGACAGGAACAGAAAAGUCGCACCAAUGAUCAUCAGUGAGAAGUUUGCUGAAGCUGGCCAUCCACUCAAAACCUUGAACAACAGGUGGUUGGACAUGCUCAAUACUCUUUAUGUUGAGCAGCUGUUCAUCCUUAACUGGCCCGCUGGUGUACUGCCCCCUGGCCCCAAUUUUGAUCUCAAAGCGUUGUCAGUGAGCCAGUUGCAUGCACUGGUAGUUCCUUACCUGAGGAUGCAUCUUGGGGCAAUGUAUGAGGUUGACUUAGGUCAAGAUGAUGAGGACGACAAUAGUGAGGCAGAAACUGCAAAGACAAAGAAGUGUAAGGGUAAAUCCAAGAAGUUGAAUGACAACAGAAGGAUGAAGGGUACAAUAGUGGAGGAGCUGGAUGUUGUGUUGUCCAUUAGAGAGUGGUCUGAGUUCAAUGUUGAACAUUUAGAGUCUUAG